GCCACGUGAAAACAGGGCAGCUGGCGGCAAUCAAGGUUAUGAAUGUGACCAAGGAUGAGGAGGAAGAAAUCAAACUGGAAAUUAAUAUGCUGAAGAAGUAUUCUCACCAUCGGAACAUUGCGACCUACUAUGGUGCUUUUGUCAAGAAAAGUCCAGCAGGUCAGGAUGACCAGUUAUGGCUGGUCAUGGAGUACUGUGGGGCCGGAUCCGUCACAGACUUGGUGAAGAAAACCAAAGGGAAUUGCUUCAAGGAAGACUGGAUUGCUUACAUCUGCAGGGAGGUCCUCAGAGGCCUGUCUCACUUACACGCCCACCAUGUCAUCCACCGAGAUAUUAAGGGGCAGAACGUGCUGCUAACGGAGAACGCGGAGGUGAAAUUGGUUGAUUUUGGGGUCAGCGCUCAGCUGGAUCGGACGAUUGGCAGGAGAAACACUUUUAUUGGGACACCGUAUUGGAUGGCACCUGAAGUCAUCGCUUGUGAUGAAAACCCAGACUCCACCUAUGACUACAGAAGUGACCUGUGGUCCUUGGGCAUCACCGCCAUCGAAAUGGCCGAGGGGGCUCCCCCGCUGUGUGACAUGCAUCCCAUGAGGGCCCUCUUUCUGAUUCCACGGAACCCUUCCCCGAAACUGAAGUCCAGGAAAUGGUCAAAAAAGUUUCUCAACUUUGUCGACAGUUGCUUGGUGAAGAAUUACACGCAUCGCCCGGUGACGGAGACCCUGCUCAAACACUCCUUCAUCAGGGACAUGCAAAACGAGCGCCAAGUACGGAUCUUGCUCAGAGAUCAUCUAGACAGGACCAGGAAGAAAAAGGGGGAAAAAGAUGAAACGGAAUAUGAGUACAGCGGAAGUGAGGAAGAAGGGGACGAGUUGAACGAAGACGAGGGAGAGCCAAGCUCCAUUGUGAAUCUCCCGGGGGAAUCUACCCUGCGGCGAGAGUUCCUCCGACUUCAGCAGGAGAACAAAUCCCGUUCGGAAGCCCCCCGCUUGCAGCCCCUGCAAUGCCAGCAGCAGAAACACCAGGAAAACUACAAGAGGCUCCUGGAAGAGAGGCAGAAGCGCAUCGUGGAGCAAAAGCUGCAGAGGAAGAAGCUGGAAGAUCAUCAGAAAAAGGAAGAGCUUCGGAAACAUCUGGACCUCGAAAAGAGACACCUGGAGGGCCAGGUGGCCCCAGGCAACGGGCAGAAGGAUAAAAGCAGCCGAGAGAAGCCGGAGGAGGCCUGGUGCAAAGGGGAUGCGGUCCAACUCGCAGGAAUACAACAGAGACGAGGCGACGGAGGAGGAGCUCAGGGGAAGAAGUUUCACCGCACUCUUCCCAAAGAUCAGUCGCAACUCCUCUCCCUCCAACACGACCACCAGCAGAAGAACAAGGAGGCCCCCAAGGUCCUCCAUCUUCCACAGGGACCUUCGUCAAACUGCCUGAGCAAAGAGGGGAAGGCAGCGGCGGAAAAGCAGCUUCAGAAAAGCAGCUACGGUGUCCAGCCAGACUUCAACUGGACAGCGGUCCUCAGCCAGGAGACCACCCCUCACGGACGGCUGGGUUCUGGCAGUAGUUCCAGCCCUUGUACCCCAGCUCUGCAGCGAGCGGUGGGGGCCCAGAACGAAAACCUCCGAGCGAGUCGGGAUGCCUCUCACCGCAGUUUGCUGCCUGAGGUCGCUGCCUCCCCCCUGAGCCCCAGCCAGGAUGAGGGGUUUUGGAGUCUGUCUCAGGCUGAGGAACAACCCCCAAAGGUUCCUCAAAGGACGACCUCCACCUUCUACACCAGGGAUCCAUGUGGGCAACAGAGUUUCCCUCCCAGUCCACAUCAGCCACUCCCGGGGGAUCCAAAAGCAAAAUCCAGUCACAAAGAUUUCAGUGGCAACAAGCCAAAGGACCUCUCAUCCCAUCAGAACAGCCAAUCAGUCCCAGAGUCCUCCAGAGUAGGCGACAGACCUCUCCAUUCCUGUAAGAAACCUGAAAAUGCAUCUCGUUCAGGCCAAAUUUCAGCAACCGCUGGGCAACGGAGUGACCGGCUUCUCUAGGGCAGGAGCUGCUGAUGGGAUCGAAGGGAACGCUCCCCGCCUUCCCCCUGCGGAGGAUCACCAGGAUGAUGCUGCAGGGAAACACGGCUGUGGCGCUCGUGAAGAAUUCUGGAGCAUGAAUAACCAAAAUUACCUGUUGCCCGACCUCCUCCAACAGAGUCAGAUUUCGGCAAACCCGAUGAAAACCUCAGUUCAAGAACUUCAGAACAAUCUCCCUGCCAACCAGCAGGCACUGAACGCUGCCAGCAGCCCUUCCAAAAACAGUUCUUCUUCGACAUCUUCUUUUACAUCCUUCAUUGAUCCCAGACUUCUCCAAAUCUCGCCUCCUACCAGUCCGACUGGACCAAACUCUGGUUCCCCGUCCAAUGUGAAAAUGGAUCCUCCCAGCCGGCAAAGUACGAGAAAAGGUUCUGUGGUCAACGUCAACCCUACAAAUAUCCGGCCGCAGAGCGACAGCCCCGAAAUCCGCAAAUAUAAAAAGAAGUUCAACUCCGAGAUCUUGUGCUCUGCGCUGUGGGGGGUGAAUUUACUGGUUGGAUCCGAAAACGGGUUGUGGCUUCUGGACCGGAGUGGACAAGGUCGAGUUUACUCCUUGAUUAGCAGGAGACGCUUUCAACAGAUGGAUGUCUUGGAGGGGCUGAACGUGCUGAUCACCAUCUCAGGCAAAAAGAAUAAGCUACGGGUAUAUUAUCUCUCUUGGCUACGAAACAAGAUAUUACGGAAUGACCCCGAUGUGGAGAAACGACAAGGCUGGGUCUCAGUGGGCGACCUAGAAGGCUGCGUACACUACAAAGUUGUGAAAUACGAGAGGAUCAAAUUCCUGGUGAUUGCCGUGAAGAAUUCGGUGGAAGUCUACGCUUGGGCUCCCAAGCCCUACCACAAAUUUAUGGCUUUUAAGUCCUUCGCCUCGCUUCCUCAAAAGCCGCUCUUGGUCGAUUUGACGGUGGAGAACGGGCAGCGGCUGAAAGUUAUCUACGGGUCCCUUGUGGGAUUCCAUGCCAUCGACGUGGACUCCGGCUCCGUGUAUGACCUCUACUUGCCAACACAUAUCCAGGGAAAUAUUCAUCCGCAUGCUAUUAUCAUUCUCCGGAACACCAGCGGGAUGGAACUUCUACUGGCUUAUGAAGAUGAAGGAGUCUAUCUUGACAUCUAUGGGCACUUCUCCAAAGAAAACAUUUUGCAGUGGGGGGAAAUGCCCACAUCAGUAGGUAUUUUUUGCAUCAGUUCAGUCUGGCGGCAGCAGCCAAAUUUACUUUAUGACACUGGGCCAAAACAUCCUGUUCAACUGGUAAAUUACUUUGGAGUGAAGUGAAUAUUUGACUUUCCCAGUUUCUAUGAGCCAUCUAAAGCCCUGAGUUCAUUUCAGAAGUUGCCCCCCUCGUUACUGCAACAAAAAGGAAAAGAAAACCCCCAUGAGCCUCACAGAAUAUCCUUCAAUUGCAGACACUACAACUCUUGCAACUGUAUUGUUUAAAAUUUGCCAUCCUGGAGCACCCGCUUUAAAAAAAAAAAAAACCAAAACAAAGCUUUUUUGCAAAGCAGAAUUGCCCCAUGGAAGCCAGGCGUCUUACAAAGUAUGCACAGAGCUGUUGUGGGGGGUUAUAAUUUUUUUUGCACGAAGAUUAUAAUGUUCUUUUGUUCGACGCUCAGGGGGAAGGGCGUUUUGGUUGAAACCGGGCACCCAGCUAUGGCAUAUUCCGUGCGAGGUGGAGGCAAAAACUGUUGGAUGGGCUAAAUUAGGUUGGUAGGGCUUCCCUGUUUUUUCAAAAUCUUCCUUUCUCAGGUAGAUCUGCCUUUCCCCCCAAACACCUGAGUAACAUCUUUGUUUGCCGAGAGAUUUCAGAGCCCCUGUGAAGCGUUCGUUCAUUGCAGAAUGAAUUUCUCUACAGGGAGACAUUCCCAGAGGAAGUCGGUGUUCUCAGCAAUUUGAGGCUAGAAGCAUCCUUGGGGACACCCUGGUUUCUAGCGGAUUUAGCAAUUGUUUGUUCCUAAGAACAGUCUCCUCUUGUGCCUGUGACUCCAUCAGAUUUCUAAGGAUGUUCUAAACCAUGAGGGGGGGAAAAGUCCUCAAGAAAAUAAGACCAGGCCUAGAAUCCUGCAUCCAGUUUGGGUCACC